GGAUGUUGUCCUUUGUUCUUCUUUUUUAUUUUUCCCGUAAAAAUACUGUGCUUUGAAUGCUACAGUGAAGUUGUCUCAACAAUAGUCGUCGCCGUUAUCGAUUAAAACUCGCGGCUUCCGAGGUUCCUAGGGCUUCUAAGUGAAAAUUAGUUUCAAAUUUCCGGAGGAAAUGGCGGCGGAGUUUAGUUCUGUUUAGUUCAGGUGAAGUUAGAGCGGGCACUGUGGACUGAGAAAGAGGGAGUGAGUUUUGGUAAAAAGAGAUGGAAGAAGAUAUGGAGGUGGAGAUAGAGCCAGCAUUCGAGGUGAGAGAGAUCGAUCUUGAUUACGAGUUUGAUGCGGCUCGGUUCUUUGAUUUCACGCGCGAGGAGUCUCCGGGAGAGGCCGGAGAAGCUGAACUUUGGUUCGACUCGGCGCCGACUCAUCCUCCUUCUCCUUUUAUGACAAGGUUAGUAAUAAGAGAGGAAAGUCUCCUGGAAAAUGUGACUACGUCUCCAAAAUGUGAUGAAGAAGAUACUAAUACACUACAUCAAAGUGAUUCCAAAAAUGUAAUUGCCUUGGAAUUUUCAGCUGUGAGUGCCAUUAGCAAAGGAAAUGAAGGAGCUAACAGAGGGAUCUCCACCAAUAUACAGAAAAUUUUACGAAAUGCUCUGAAUCAGUCAUUUCAAUUAACUACAGGCUUGACAACUUACAAUCACUUACCCAGUGAUAAGUUAAAAGCUAAAUCUAAGAGUGCAAAACCCAUGCCAAGGAGCUCAACUCUUAUGAAACCUACUGCUAGCCAGUUAGCCAAACAAAAUCGCCUCCCUCAAGUUGCUACAUCCAGAUUUCAGAAGCAACAGGUGCUAAACAUUAACAGAAGCCUAGGUAAUUCUUUAGUGGUGGAAAUCCAAGCUGCCAAGAGGCAGAAGCUGGAGGGAGGUCUCUUGCGUAAGGUUGAUGAUGUGAAGCAGCAAUCCACUUUGGUCCACAAGGCACCUAAAAAAGAAGGUACUAAACAUAGAAAUGCCGCCAAUACCAAGCUGAAGCUUACCAUUCCAAGGGAACCUGAGCUUGAAACAGCACACAGGGCUCAACGAUUAUGGCCUAAGAAUAGUACAGAGGAAGAGCUUGUUACAUCUGUCACACAUAGAUUCAAAGCACGCCCAUUGAAUAGAAAAAUUCUCGAGGGUCCUUCAUUGCCUGUUCCAAAAAAGAGUGUUCCAAAGUUGCCAGAGUUUCAAGAAUUUCACCUGAAGACAUUGGAAAGGGCAGUGCAACACUCAUCAGCUGUAUCCUCCUCCUCAAUCCAUACAAAUGCUGCUAAGGGGUUUGAGAACCCUUGUACAAUUUCUGCUAAUGGCAAUGGAACUAGCGAAGCCAGAAGACCAAGUGUCAUGGAUGCCACUGGUCAGGAUAUUUGUGACACAAAGUACAACUUCAAAGCUCGUCCUUUAAACAGGAAGGUAUUUUCCAGUAAGGGUAAUAUUGGUGUUUUUCAAAAUAUCAAGAGGGAAACCACAGUGCCGAUGGAAUUUAAUUUCCAAAAUGAAAAGAGGGUUCCGAAAAAUCCACCGGUCGAACUUUUUAGCAAGCUAUCUCUUACAUCUGAGAUACAGCCAAGCAAUGGAUCUCAGAUGAAGUCUCCUCGGCCUACCUUUAUAUCUAGAAAGGGCUCAAAAGAAAAUAGAUUCACUUCUUUCCGACCAGAACAUGCAGUGAGUUUUCAUAGUUUCAGUACAGAAGUUUGUUUAACAUCAUUUUUGGUACAUUGA